GAGAGGACACCACUGUAGGCUAGGUUAGAUACGGAACGAAAAACACUCGAUAGAAAGCAAGAAAGAAAGGCGGAUUAUAUUAAUUGUUUUGAAACGCAGAGGGCGGAGAAUUUUGUUUUUACCGGUAAACGCGCGAGGUCGUCUAGUCGAACCGGAGCGAUGUCUGUCGCGGGGCUAAAAAAGCAGUUCCACAAAGCCACCCAGAAAGUCAGUGAGAAGGUUGGAGGAGCAGAAGGUACCAAACUUGAUGAUGACUUCCUUCAGAUGGAAAAGAAGGUGGACACCACCGGUAGAGCCGUGCUGGACAUCAUGACCAAAACUACAGAAUACCUACAGCCCAACCCAGCGUCCAGGGCUAAGCUGAGUCUGAUAGGGACCAUGUCUAAGAUCAGAGGACAGGAGAAGGGGCCGGGUUACCCCCAGUCUGAGACUGUGCUGGGUGAGGCCAUGCAGCGCUUCGGACGGGAGCUGGGAGAGGAGUCAUGCUUUGGUCUGGCUCUCCUAGAUGCUGGGGAGGCCAUGGGUGAGCUGGGGGAGGUGAAGGAUGCCUUGGAUAUGGAGGUCAAACAGAACUUUAUUGAUCCACUACAGAACCUACAGGAAAAAGACAUCAAAGAGAUACAGCACCACGUGAAGAAGAUGCAGGGACGCCGUCUGGACUUUGACUAUAAGAAGAAACGGCACGGUAAAGGAAUUCUGGAGGAGGAGAUCACACAGGCGCUGGAGAAGUUUUAUGAGUCCAAAGAGGUGGCAGAGCAGAGCAUGUUCAACCUGCUGGAGAGUGAUAUUGAGCAGGUGAGUCAGCUAGCAGCGUUGGUCCAUGCCCAGGUGGAGUAUCACAGACAAGCUACAGAAAUACUACAGCAGCUCUCCAGCAAGGUCCACGAGAGGAUCCGGGAGGCGCAGGAUAAACCCAGGAAGGAGUAUGUUCCUAAACCCCGGACGGUCCUGGAGCUGCUCCCCCCCAGCGACACCGCCAAGUCCCCUGGCCCGGCCCCCUCACCUGGCCCCGCACACACAGGAAGGAGCACCCCCGGGCGCUCCCCUGCUCCUAUGGACCAGCCGUGCUGCCGGGCGCUGUAUGACUUUGAGCCGGAGAACGAGGGUGAGCUGGGCUUCAAAGAGGGCGAUAUCAUCACCCUAACCAAUCAGAUCGAUGAUAACUGGUACGAGGGCAUGGUCAACGGCCAAUCAGGUUUCUUCCCCAUCAACUACGUGGAUAUCCUGGUUCCACUUCCUCAUUAGGCCCCACCUCUGCCCAGCCUAAUCCACGCCUUCUUCUCUGUGCUUGUGUGAGUGCAACCGCUUUUUCACAAAGAACUACAACUGUGAGGAACAAGGGACUACAAUUGUAUAGAAUUCUGCUUAUAGACGAAGAAGAAGAAGAAGAGAGAGAGGGAGGAGAGAGAGAGGGAGGAGAGAGGGAGGAGAGAGGAGGAAUCGUCUGCUUCAGCCCCCUCAGUGGGAUCCAUGUGCUUGCAGUGUUGAAUGCCAGUUAUAUGAAGAGGGGGUUCGUAAAGAUGGUGCAGUGUGUCUACGUGACUGUGUGUCAGUUCUAUGAUGGUGUAAAGAUGGUGCAAUGUGUCUACAUGACUGUGUGUCAGUUCUAUGAUGGUGUAAAGAUGGUGCAGUGUGUCUACAUGACUGUGUGUCAGUUCUAUGAUGGUGUAAAGAUGGUGCACACAGAGACAGAUGGUUUCUGUCUCUGUGUGUUUCUGUCUCUCUCUCUGUGUUCCUCUGUGUUUCUCUCUCUCUGUGUGUUCCUCUGUGUUUUUCUCUCUCUAACUGGACUAACUGAAGACUGGUCCAAUGUAUUGCAUGCUGGGACAAGCCGUUAAAGGUUGAAGUUUAAAAGGUUAAUAAUGAGAACUGUUACAUGCUGG